AUGGGUUUAAGUGUGCUGAACCCUGUGGCCUUCACUGUUCGUCGCUGCCACAGCCACAUUGCUUUGGAAGAAAUGACCCUUGGCUGCCUCCUCCAGGGUGUGCCGGUGGCUUAUGACAACAUCAAAGUGGUGGGUGAGCUCGGGGACAUUUACGACGACCAAGGAUUCAUCCACCUGAACAUCGAGGCGGACUUCAUCAUCUUCAGCCCCAAGAAAGGGAAAAAGCUGGUGGGUAUAAUUAAUAAAGUGGCCCCUAGUCAUAUUGGCUGCCUUAUACAUGGAUGCUUCAAUGCUUCUAUCCCUAAACCCGAACAAAUGUCGAUUAUGCAGUGGCAAGAGCUGGGAUUAAAAAUAGGGGAUGAACUGAAAUUUCAAGUAUUGCACUUGGAUUCUGAUGCAGCUGGGGUGUUCUUCAUUCGAGGAGGACUCACUAAAAGCAGCAUGCGGCCCAAACAAUCUGAGACUGUCACUGACAGUACAAAUGGAGAUGAAAUUCAAAAGUUUGACCACCAGGAAAAUGGUUUGAAUGACUCUGGGGGAGACAAUGUCACAGAGCAUCCUCUAGGUGAGACGGAUAACACUGGGAGGGAAAAUGCAGAAGAGCAAAGUGUUGAUGCCGUGAAUGGAUUAUGUGAUGAUAAAAAGAAGAAGAAGAAAAAGAAAAAGCAUAAGCAAGAACAAGAACAUGUAUUGCCUGCCAGUGACUCCAGUGGUUACCAAAGUGACCAUAAAAAGUCAAAGAAAAAGAAAAGAAAGCAUUGUGAUGACAUCAAAGAAACUGAAUUAUCUCAGCUGUCCCAAGAACCCAAAGCUAAAAAGAAAAGGCAUUAA